AUGGACACUACAGGCAUCAUAAGCAUAACCAAACCAAUUCCACGUGUUGAGUAUGAGGAUGAAGGGUCUGAUGACGACAUAGAAGUGGAUGAGGCAUCACAACAAGAUCCAAGACACCAAGAGGUUCGAGCAAAUGCUAUAGUCACCCCAGGAGAAUUGAUCACAAGUGACCCAGUUUGGAUGAAGGGCCAUGGUACAUACUUUAUUAAUGACAAAACUUAUUCCUCAGUUGUAGGUAACAUAUCACGAGUCAAUCGUCUUUUGAGUGUCAACGCAAUUCGUGGGAAGUAUGUACCAGAAACUGGUGAUCAUGUCGUUGGACGUAUAACAGAAGUGGCUAAUAAGAGAUGGAAAGUGGACAUUGGAACCAAGCAGGAUGCCAUAUUAAUGUUGGGAAGUGUCAAUCUACCAGGGGGUAUCUUGCGUCGUAAAUCAGAGAGUGAUGAGUUGCAAAUGCGAUCUUUUUUAAAAGAGGGAGACUUGCUAAAUUGUGAGGUGCAAACGAUAUUCAACAACGGUAUUGCAUCCUUGCAUACGAGAUCACUCAAGUAUGGGAAGUUGAGAAAUGGCAUAUUCCUAAAGAUCCCAAGCUCCUUAGUUGUAAAGUCAAAAAAUCAUAGUUAUGAUUUACCAGGAAACGUUUCGGUGAUAUUGGGAGUAAAUGGCUACAUAUGGCUAUACAAGACUAAAGCAAAAUUGGCUCCAUCAACCGUGAAUUCUAAUGGAUUAAAAGUGCAGCUGGGGACUAAAGAUUACACGCCAGGACAAGGUUCCAUUUCUAUUACAAGAUUAGAGGAAGAAAGUUCGUGGGAAAUAUACAGUGACAAGAAUGAAGAAAUUAACCAACUGACGAGGAAUAACAUUGCUAGAUAUUGCAAUGUGAUUAAAGCUUUGGCGUUUGGUGAGUUGGGUAUAACUGAACAAAGAAUUAUAAUGGGGUAUGAAGCAAGUUUGGCGUACGCAAAUGUUGGCAGUUUGAUUGAUAGAGAGUCUAUGGAACAAUUGUGUAGAGAGGUGUUGACAAGUGAGGAAAUGAGAGGUCAAUAG